AUGCUUAAGGGCAAGAGGUCUCAGUUUAAGGACUUGCUUAAGAUAGAGGCAAUAAGCCAGAGUUUUAAGAAUAAGAGGUCCUAA